AAAAAUUAAAAUAGUCAAUUAUAUAUCAACUUGAAAAAAUAAAUGAAAGUAUGAUAAUUGCAAGAAAAAAAAAAAAAGUAUAAAUAAAACGUAGCUAUCAUCUGAAUAAUAGGGUAGAAGAAACAAGGUAAUAUUUAUAUAUUUAUUUUUUAACGUUGGUGGUACAUUGAGUAAAGACUUGAAAUAAAAAAAAAAAAAAAGAGUAAUAGUAUAGAAUGCUUACCAGCUUACCUGGAAAAACCACUGUAAAUUUUUAUGGCCCAUAAAAUGGCCGACGAACAACCAGGACAAAGAUACGCGAAUAAACGUAAAAAGACAAUUACUCAUUGCCACGUAUGCUUACCGUAAUUUCCAAAUAAAUUAUCAAAAUUAAAAAAUUAAAAUUAAUAUAAAAAAAUAAAAAAUCUUGAUUAAACAAAGAUAAAACAACUAACAAUAAUACUAUUUAGUUCUAAAAUCAAAAAAAAAAGUAAAUAUAUUAAUAAAAAUUUGAAAAAAAAAAAAUAAUAACAACAUGUCAGAACACGGUGACAGUGACGUUGAUCCCUCUGAGGAAAUAAAUGUUGAUGAACUUGAUUCACGCAGUUGUUCACCACGUAAUUAUGUUAAUACAAAUGACAAUCACAACAAUGAAUUACCGUCGGAUUGUUCAACAUCACCAAUACAUACAAAAACAUUAACAAAUGAUACAUCAUCACCACGUAGUCAUCCAUUCAGUAUAAGUCGUUUACUUGGUGAUAAUAAUCAUCAUAAUAUAACAAAUAAUAAAAGUCCAAGUUCAGAUGAUCAAGAUAGUGAAAAAGAACGUAGAACAUCAUGGGUAUGGGAUGAACGUAGUAAUCGUCAUUUACAAAUUGAAGAUGGACAUAGAUCAUGGAAUGGUGAUAUUGAAGAAAAAUUAUCAGACAAAGAUGAUGAUGAUGAUGAUACUGGUAGUACACCUGAAAUUGGACAAAAUAAUAAUACAACAAUGCAUCCAAAUGAUUUAUUAUCACCAUUUAGAAUAUUUCCUGGUGCAUCUGGUUUAUUAUACACUGGUGGUGCUAGUGUUAUACGUGUACCAGCACAUAGACCACAAAAUUCAAAUGGUCAAAAUAAUAAUAAUAGCAAUAAUAAUAAUAAUAAUAAUAUGCAAACACAAGGACUAAUAUCACCAUGGAGUCUUCAAGCACUUCAACAUAGUCAACAACAAGCUGCUGCUGUUGGUCUUCAUCGUGCAAGUAUAUUAGCAAAUCUUGCUGCUCAUCCACUUCAGUCACAUCCACAUCUUAAAGAUCGUCUUGCUGUUGCAGGUGCAUUUCCAAGAAGAAUUGGACAUCCAUAUCAAAAUAGAACACCACCAAAACGAAAGAAACCACGAACAAGUUUUACAAGAUUACAAAUUGCUGAACUUGAAAAACGUUUUCAUAAACAAAAAUAUUUAGCAUCAGCUGAAAGAGCAGCACUUGCUAAAUCAUUAAAAAUGACUGAUGCACAAGUUAAAACAUGGUUUCAAAAUAGAAGAACGAAAUGGAGACGUCAAACAGCAGAAGAGAGAGAAGCUGAAAGACAAGCAGCAAAUAGAUUAAUGAUGUCGUUGCAUUCAGAGGCACUUGGUAAAGUUGGAUAUCCAAGUGGUGUAGGCAAUCAUCCAGGUAAUUCACAAGUGACAAGUAUGGAGGGUCAAUCAGGUCCACCACAACUUGGCCAUGGUCAAUGGACAUCGCCAUACGGACCACCUCAACCACUCACCGAGCCAAUUUGCUAAGAAUUCAUUUAUUUUUUUUUUUUAACAUUUAGUGUCGACACUAGAAAUAUUAAAAUCAUCAUGAAAAAAAUUAAAGAAAAUAUAUAAACUGAUUGUGUAAAUAAUCUUUAAAAAAAUAUUGUUUUUUUAAUUAUAAUCAAGUGUAGUAUGAAAAAUUUAAAAAGUGAUUAUCAAGUGACGAGUGUGAUUGAAAUAUAAAAUUUUUAAAUAAAGGACAUAUCUGUAUAUAGCAAAUAUAACUUUAUCAAUUUAAUUAACAUUAAAUCGUAGAUUAAAAUCACUACGAUAUAAAAAAUAAAUAAUAAAAUUAUAUAUAUAUAUAUUGUCGUUAUAAACGGCACUAAUAAUUGCUAUGAUAAAUAUUAAAAAAAAUAAUAAAUAUAAGUGAAAAAAAAAAUUUUAAAAACAAAAAAAAAAAAUAUUAAAAAUAUAAAAAAUAAUUGAAUUUAAUUUUAAAUUUAAGAUCAAUGGUAAUUACACCGAUGUAUGAUGUAUAACGAGCUAUGUGAUUUUAUGUACGUGUUGUAAAUAUUAUAAAUAUUUAAAAAAAAAAAAUUAAAAAUAUAAAGAAAAAAUAAUAAAAACCAACGACAAUGAUGUUGAAUAAUAAAAAUAAAAAAUUUAAAAAAAAAAAAAAUACA